UCCGCCUUAGUUGGGAUGGCAGCUCCGAGGGUUUGUGUGUUUCCCUCGGCCCGGGAGCUGGGCCCGGCUUUGAGCAGCUUCGUGUUGGCUGAGGCCGCCCGGGCGGUUAGUCAGCGCGGCCGCUUCGCCGUGGCGGUGUCCGGGGGCAGCCUGGUAUCGCUGCUGGCGGCCGAGCUCCCCGAGGCUGCGGCCCGGGAACCCGAGCAUCCCGGGGCCAACUGGAGCCGCUGGGUCCUCGGCUUCUGUGACGAGAGGCUGGUCCCGUUCGAGAGCCCAGACAGCACCUGCGGCCUCUACCGGAAACAACUGCUCUCCAAAAUCUCUAUUCCUAAUAACUACGUCAUUGCCAUUAACCCCACGCUGUCUGUGGAGGAAGCAGCAGACAAGUAUGCAGAAAGAUUGAGAGAGCUGUUUCCAGGUGAUAACCUACCUGUGUUUGACCUGCUAAUCCUGGGGAUUGGGCCUGAUGGACACACUUGCUCUCUCUUCCCAGACCAUCCCCUACUGCAGGAACAAAGCAAGAUUGUUGCUCCAAUCAGUGACUCGCCUAAACCUCCACCAAAGCGUAUAACCAUGACCCUACCUUUGCUGAAUGCAGCACGCUGUGCUCUGUUUGUGGUGACUGGUGAAGGCAAGGCUGCUGUGUUAAAGGUAAGAAGCUGCUUCUAGCAGCAGGAAGAGCUC